AGCUCUCCAACAGUAGAAUGGAACUUUCCCUGCAGCAGGAACCGCUUUGGAGACAGCAGGAGAACUAAAUACCCUGUUGGAGCUGAGAGGAAUUAAGGAGUGAGUCAGCCUAGGACCCACAUGGCCUUCACCAUGAUCCGUUCCAUGCCAAUGCAUGGGAUUUACCCGGAUGUGUCCAUGCUGUCAGAGGAUGAGGAGAAUCAGGGAGAGAGCGACGAUUCUGACCAAUCGUUUGGCUGCUUCCAGAGCUCAUCCAAGAGAAGGAAAGUGCCCGGCAAGGGUGGGCAGCAGGUGGUGAUGGUAAAACAGAGGCAAACGGCCAAUGCCAGAGAGAGAGAUCGCACCCAAAGCGUAAACACAGCUUUCACCUCCCUGCGCACCCUCAUCCCCACCGAACCAGUGGAUAGGAAGCUCUCCAAGAUAGAGACUUUGCGCCUGGCUUCUAGCUACAUCGCACACUUGGCCAACGUGCUGCUGCUGGGUGAUGGGUGCCAGGAUGGGCAGCCCUGCUUCAGUACCGUCUACAGAGCCAAGGACAGCGCCCCAGAGAGUAAACUGCCCCGCAGCAUCUGCACCUUCUGCCUUAGCAACCAAAGAAAGGGGAUCACGCGCAGAGAGCAUGUUGGGAACUGCCUGAAAGUCCGGGGGCUAAACACGUUACGAUGACCCCUGAGUAUUGAGGAGGAUGGAUUGCAGGACCCCCAAAUCUUUCUUUCCAAUACAAAGAGGACCAAGUGCCAGUGCAGCUGCUUUCCAGUGCCUGGUGGGCACGGCUGGGAGAGAACUUGGCAUCUGUCAGGCACAGAUUGGCCACUGGCUCAGGAUGGACCCCCUUGGUUAAAUCUUCUUCUGAGAGCUGGACUUCCUCCAGGGGGGCACAGGGACUCCGGGUCACUGACCCAACAGCAUUGACUGACUGAAAUAUUUGUACAAUAGGCAAAGGAUUAAUUAAAGUGUCACUCUGGCAACGAGAAA